AAUCAGUGUUGUCAUGUAAAGGUCUGUAGCGUCCGAACCGUUUGGGACCCGACUGUGGAACAUUAGAUAUUAAACCUUAGUCUGAAGGUAGCCCAUACCUAUGAAUGGAAGUAUGAAGGUAGCUUUGUGCCUACCCAAAGAAGGGGUUAAAUAUGUGUUUAAAAAAUCAUUCCUGAGUGGUUUUAUUAUCUAGAUUUCAGACACUUCAAAACCUGUUUUCCUACAGUUCAUUUUUUGACUGUUUUUUUUGUCAUCUCUGAAUGUGUUAUUCAAUGCUUUUCUAUGGGGCCAAAAUCUAUUCUUUAUAUAUAUUUUUUAAAUAUUUGUAUUUUAUUCCUAAAGGAGUCCUAAAAUUCUAACUCAAAUUAGCUAAAUGAUCCAUGUUAUAAGCAUCUUAAACCAAUAUGUCAGCUUAGCAACCACCCCCUUAGCAACCCUCACUGUAACCUGAUAGAUUUGAACAGACAGUAGUUCGUCGUUAUUGUCUGGUUCAGUCAUUGCCUAUCCAUUGUUCUGUUUCAGUGUGAGGAACCUUCUACAGUCGUCCGUGGACGCUAAUAUGAACGCUCUCAGGGUCUGGGGGGGAGGAGUCUAUGAGCAGGACCUGUUCUACUCUCUCUGUGAUGAGAUGGGGAUCAUGAUCUGGCAGGACUUCAUGUUUGCCUGUGCCAUGUACCCCACUGAGCCUGACUUCAUAGAGACGGUUAGAGAGGAGGUUGUCCAACAGGUGAGGCGCUUAAAGUCCCACCCCUCGGUCAUCGUGUGGAGUGGGAACAACGAGAAUGAGGCGGCCCUGGCCACUGACUGGUUCGGCAUCCCUGUUGCCCAGCAACCCCGGUACCAUAGAGACUAUGUGACUCUGUAUGUGGACAACAUCAGGGCCAUUGUUCAGAAGGAAGACGGUAGCCGCCCGUUCCUAGUCUCCAGUCCCACUAACGGAGCAGAGUCUCAGCAGGAGGGCUGGGUGGCCCACGACCCCUACGACGUACACUAUGGAGACACACACUACUAUAGCUACAGCCACGACUGCUGGGACUGGACGGCCCUGCCACGCACACGCUUCGCCUCCGAGUACGGCUUCCAGUCCUGGCCCUCCUUCUCCACCUUGCAGAAGGUGUCUGUGUCUGAAGACUGGAGCUAUGGGAGUAACUUCUCGUCUCACCGUCAGCACCACCAGUCUGGCAACCAGCAGAUGCUGCAGCAGGCUGGACUACACUACCAGCUCCCAGCCUCAGCAGAUCCACUGAAGAGAUACAGGGACACACUGUACAUUACACAGGUCAUGCAGGCCCAGUGUGUUAAGGUCCAGACAGAGUUCUACCGCCGCAGCCAGAGUGAGGUCAUCGAGGGCAAAGGUCACACCAUGGGAGCUCUCUACUGGCAACUCAAUGAUAUCUGGCAGGGCCCGUCCUGGUCCUCUAUAGAGUUUGGUGGGAAGUGGAAGAUGCUGCAUUACUUUGCCAAGGACUUCUUCUCCCCUGUGCUGCCGGUGGGCUUCGAGGACCAGGGUAGUCUGGUGGUCUAUGCUGUGUCUGACCUGAGCCACGACCUUAAGCUCAGGACUGUGGUUUCAGUCUAUGAGUGGAGCAGUCUGGAUCCUGUGUGCACUGUGACUUCCGGAUUCGUUCUUGUGGAAGGAGGAAGUGCUGAGGUCGUCCACAAACAGCCAAUCACAGCCUUGCUGGCGGGGUGUGGGCGCGGGAGUUGUACCCGCCUCACCUGUCUCCUGACCUUUCACCUUGAGGACGUCAACAGCCAGCAAGGUCCCAUUAACCACCUCUUCCUCAGCUCGCCCAAAAAUGCCCAGGGGAUGCUGAGACCCAACACCACAGCCGAGGUGCAGCAGGACGAGAUGGGAGGAUACACCGUGACCCUGCAGUCCUCUGCCGUAGCGGCCUUCGUAUGGCUAGAUGUUGGGGACGUCCCAGGACGAUUCAGCACCAACGGAUUCCUCAUGGUCACCAAGAACAGAACAGUCACCUUUAACCCCUGGGGUCCCACCAGUACCCAGCAGCUAGCCCAGGCCCUGACUGUUACGUCAUUGAGAGAUGUGUACUGACUAUCUUGCGUAUGAAAUGGCAUCCUAUAACCUACAUAGUGCACUACUUUUGACCAGAGCUCUAUGGGUUGUACACUAUAUAAGGAAUAGGGUGCCAUUUUGGACAUACUUACUGAACCACUACCCAGUACCCAGGAGUUAACCCAAACCCUCUCCCUAACCUCUCUCUGAGAUGAGUACUGAGAUCCUCUCCCUAACCUCUCUCUGAGAUGAGUACUGAGACCCUCUCUCUGAGAUGAGUACUGAGACCCU